UGUCGUUCAAAAUUACUUGUUUCAUAUUUACAAUUGGUAUCGCGAUUCUAACUACAGAAAUAUUUUGCAAACCGCCAAAAAAAAUAGUUAACGGUUCAAAUGCUGAUAUAACUGAGUAUCCAGCAAUGGUUUCUAUUCAAUAUUACGAUAGCCAUUGGUGUGGCGGAGUUUUUGUAACGAGACGUCAUAUUUUGACAGCGGCCCAUUGCUUGGCUAUUGUUAAUUCUAAAACAAAUAGAGUAGAAUUGCACAAUAAAGAUAACUUGUCAGUUAAGUCAGGAAGUAGUAAUUGGCGAUAUCCUAGAUACGUGCAUACUAUCGAGAAAUUCGUUAUUCAUCCACAAUACACAGGAACUCCGCCGAAAAACUUACAUGACAUUGGCAUCGUGAUUUUGACUAAAUAUAUUUUCCUUGACGCAACACAAAAUAUUAUUAGAUUACCGUCUUCGUAUACUAUGGGUGGCUCGCGUGGAACUGUUCUCGGAUGGGGAUAUUUGAAAGAGAAAGCAGGUUCGGUUACAGACCGAUUGCAAAAAGCUCCUGUUACUACUUUAAGUCAUGAAGAAUGCUUGCGUAGAGCACCUACGCCUAUUGAGCGAUCUCAUUUAUGCGGGCUUUCCAGCAAAGGAUCAGGCUUUUGCGAUGGUGAUAGUGGUAGCCCUUUGAUUAGUAAUGGACAAGUAAUUGGCAUAGUUUCGAUGGGUUGGGAAUGUGGUCAUGGACAACCGGAUAUUUAUACCCGCGUUCAUUCAUAUUACUCCUGGAUUUAUAGCGUAAUUAAUUGAAAAGAUUUAAAAAAUACCGACAGUUUCAA